AAGUUUUGUUUCAGAAUUCCAGGUAAACACAGUCGAGGAAGCGAAGCAGGUUAUACAUAUUCCGGCGACACUUUCCGAUCAGAUCUGAUCGUCUUCUCUUCUCUCGGCUGCUCGGAACCUACCGAAGGACUGGGAGUUUGAUGGAGGGCGUUGGAGGCAGUGCUGCUGCCGCCAUGAACCAGCAGCGGCAUGAAUUUUCGAAGAUUUUUCAGUAUUAUUUGGACAAGAGCACGCCGCAUGCCAUGUAUAGAUGGAUUGGGACUUUUGCUUUAGCAUCUCUCUACGCUUUGAGGGCGUAUUAUGUCCAAGGGUUCUACAUUGUGAGCUAUGGUUUGGGAAUCUACCUUUUGAAUUUGCUGAUUGGUUUUCUGUCACCUCUCGUUGAUCCAGAGCUCGACCCUUCGGAUGGUCCUAUGCUCCCCACUAAAGGUUCAGAUGAGUUCAAACCUUUCAUUCGCCGCCUCCCGGAAUUCAAGUUCUGGUAUGCAAUCACAAAGGCUCUCUGCAUUGCCUUUGUCAUGACUUUCUUCUCCAUAUUUGAUGUUCCUGUGUUCUGGCCUAUAUUGUUGAUCUACUGGAUUGUCCUCUUUGCCCUCACUAUGAAGCGCCAAAUUUCCCACAUGCUCAAGUAUAGAUAUAUCCCAUUCAACAUCGGAAAGCAGAAGUACAGCGGGAAGAGAGGAGGAACAAGUGGGAGAAGUCCGAGAGGGGACUAAAUUUUGUGCAUGUUUGUGCUAUAGAGUAGAAGUUGCUGGAAUUUGUGUACUUACAAGUGUAAUAUGGUACCAGUAGUAUAUUACUCCCUAAAAGAAUGCAAUUUCAUUUCUGCAUUAUUGUUGACAGUGAAUUGAUUAUACUUAAGAUGCCCAUUUAUAUACGUAUGCCCAUAAUUUGUUGCAUUUGUAUUUUGUGGUCUAUUGAUUCCAUGUGAUUAUUAUAGUGCCUUUGACAGUCUCCACUUCAGUUUUUGGCCUCUAUUUCCACCAAGGUUAAUGAAAAAGGAUGAGCCCC